AAAAGACUUGAAAACACCGCAACAAGCAAACCAAACAACCAACAAGAUGCCUUGCAAGGGAUGUGGAAACAACUGUCAGUGCUCAGCCGGAAAGUGCGGCGGUAACUGCGCCGGAAACAGCCAAUGCCAAUGCGCCGCCAAGACGGGAGCCAAGUGCUGUCAGGCCAAGUGAUUCCCGGCUACUUUUGGAUUAGGUUAAUUAGUUUCUUAUAGUUGUUACAAAUCCUCGACUGACACUGAAUAAACCCUAUUAUACUGUGGUUAUCUUAA